GAUGUUAAGAGGAUAAAUAUGCUCGCAUUGCCUCGAUAUUUGAUAGAAAGUCAGGCAAUGAUUCCUGUUUUCUCGACCUCAGACCACACACAAACAGGCGAACUAUAUUUCCAAUCAUAAUUCAUCUUUAUAAAUCAUGGAUGCAGCAACGUUUGCCGCAGCCUCUGCCAUCCCACGUUGGCCGGCCAAAGCGAGCAAGGACUAUAUCAAUGCUCGCAACGACCUGCUCAAGAAAGAAUACGAGCUACGCGCUCACAUUGAGCGCGUCGCGGCUCUGCGUCGAUCCCUCCCGAAAGGAGCACUUAUGCGUCCCUAUGAUUUUGACGAAGGCUCAUUCAACUCCGAUGGAUCGAAGCCAGCCAGAAAGACUAGCCUUGCGGAUCUUGCUGCCGACGGCCGCAGCGUUGUGCUCUACCAUUUCAUGUACGACCCAGAAGACGAGAAGCCUUGUGGAAUGUGCUCGAUGAUUGUUGAUAGUUUCAACGGCGUCGGCAAACAUCUGGCUCAAAACGUCAACUUCGCCGUCGUGGGCAAGGCCGAGCUUCCCAAACUUCAAACCUGGGCGCAGAAGCGGGGCUGGAAAAACAUCCGCAUCCUUUCCAGCCAUGGUACCACCUUCAAUGCCGAUAUGAACGUGGAAAGGCCGGUGUGGGCGAAGGACUGUAAGCAGAUGCCUGGGGUCAGCGUCUUCAAGAAGGACGAGGAGGGUAAUGUACGCCAUGUAUAUACAGCGUACCCGUGCAUCGAACCUAAGAGCGAAAGGGGUCUGGAUUUGCUGGCAACUACGUAUAAUGUCCUCGACCUGACACCAGAAGGCCGUGGGCAGUGGUACGCAACCAACGAGUACGUCUAGUCAAGGAUGUUGGACCGCACGAUUAGGAAACAGCGAUAGCGACGGUGAUGGUGACUUUUGAGCUCACGGUUGACUGGAACGUUAGCGCACGCGUACAUGGUGGGCAAAAUUGGACAGACUGAAGCUUGUGCGGGUCAAGUUCAACACAGUCGUUAAACAGUGGGUAUCUCUCUUAUGAAACAUCAUGCAAACGCCAG